AUGGCUUCUUCUUCUACUCACAAUAGGAAAUACCAUGUCUUCCCGAGCUUCCACGGCCAAGACGUCCGUAUAACAUUUCUCAGUCAUUUAUUUCAACACUUUGAAAGCAAAGGAAUCACGACAUUUAAUGACCGGGAGAUCAAAAGAGGCAAGACAAUCAGACCUACACUCGAACAAGCAAUAAGAGAAUCGAGGAUCUCGAUUGUGGUGCUCUCAAAGAAGUACGCUUCUUCAAGCUGGUGUUUAGAUGAAUUGGUUGAAAUCUUCAAGUGCAAAGAAGCCUCAGGGCAGUUUGUGAUGCCGAUAUUCUACUACAUUGAUCCGUCUGAUGUAAGGAAACAGAGCGGUGAAUUUGGAAAGGCUUUCGAGAGAACUUGUGAAGGAAAAACUGAAGUGGUGAAGCUGAGAUGGCGCAAAGCUUUAACUGAUGUAGCAAACAUAGCCGGAGAACAUUCUAUAAAGUGGAGUAACGAAGCAGAUAUGAUUGAAAAUAUUGCUACAAAUGUUUCAAACAAACUGAAUAUCACCCCAUCAAGGGAUUCUGAAGGGAUGGUGGGACUUGAAGUGAAACUAAAAAAGUUGAAUUCUCUGUUAUGCCUAGAAGGUGAUGAAGUGAAGAUGAUUGGAAUCUGGGGUCCCGCAGGAGUUGGCAAGACUAUCAUUGCUAGAGCUUUAUUCAACCAACUCUCUACUGAUUUUCAAUUUAAAUGCGUUAUGGGGAAUCUCAAGGGAAGUUAUAAAAUCAUUGGUGAUGACUUUGACUCGAAGUUUUAUUUACAAAACCAACUUCUGUCCAAGAUUCUGAACCAAAAUAAUGUGAAAAUACAUCAUUUAGGGGCAGUAAAAGAAUGGCUACAAGAUAAAAGAGUGCUCAUAGUUAUUGAUGAUGUCGAUGAUCUUGAGCAACUUGUGGCGUUGGCUAAAGAACCUUCUUGGUUUGGUUCUGGAAGUCGGAUUAUCGUUACAACAAGAGAUAGAAAUAUUAUGAGUUCACAUUGGGUCAACAACUUUUACCAUGUGGGUUAUCCAUGCAAAAAGGAAGCUCUUGAGAUCUUGUGUUUGUCUGCUUUCAAAAAAAGUUCUCCACCUAAAGGUUUUGAAGAGCUUGCAAUGAAGGUAGCAAAGCUUUGCGGUAAUCUUCCAUUAUGUCUUUCUGUUGUGGGUUCAUCUUUGCGUGGCGAGACCAAGCACGCAUGGAAACUACAGUUAAAUAGGCUAGAAACUAGUCUUGAUAGAAAAGUCGAGGACAUAUUGAAAGUUGCAUAUGAAAAAUUGUCGAAGAAGGAACAAGUUCUAUUUCUUCACAUUGCAUGCUUUUUCAACAACGCACCCAUUGGUAAUGUCAAAACCUUUCUUGCUGACAAAAACUUGGACGUCGUAAAUGGGUUGAAGACCCUGGGUGAUAAAUCUCUUGUGCAUAUAUCCACUGUUGGACGAAUAGUGAUGCAUUGUUUAGUUCAACAAUUGGGUGCACACAUAGUUCUUGAACAGUCCGACGAGCCCGGGAAACGUCAAUUUCUAAUAGACGCUGAAGAGAUUCGUGAUGUGCUGGCGAACGAAACAGGCACUGGAUCUGUCUUAUGUAUAUCAUUUAAUAUGUCCAAGAUCAACGAGUGUUCUAUUAGUGGGAGAGCAUUUGAAGGAAUGCGUAAUCUCCGAUACUUAAAAAUCUAUCGGGGAAGCUUUAGUAAGGAGGUUACAUUAAGAACACUGGAAGACAUGAAGUAUCUACCUCGUCUUAGGUUACUACACUGGGAAUCAUUUCCAAGAAAACGUCUUCCUCCAACGUUCCGGCCGGAAUGUCUCAUCGUACUCUAUAUGACAGACAGCAAGCUCGAGAAGCUCUGGGGAGGAAUCCAGCCCCUUGCAAACCUCAGGGAGAUAAAUCUGAGUUAUUCCCAUAAGCUGAAAGAAAUCCCUAAUCUUUUGAAUGCUACUAAUCUGGAGACGCUGACACUUAGAUGUUGCACAAGUUUGGUGGAGCUUCCUUCUUCCAUUUCAAAUCUACACAGACUGACAAAGUUGAUUAUGUUCGGGUGUAAAAGGCUAAAAGUUGUUCCAACCAACAUCAACUUAGCUUCUCUUGAGAUGGUCAACAUGUACGGGUGCCCACAAUUGAGGAAGUUUCCAGAUAUUUCGAAAAACAUCAAAUAUCUAUUUUUAGAAAACCCAAAGAUAGAAGAAGUUCCUCCAUCAGUUGUUGAACAGUGGUCUCGUCUUCAGGAUUUUUGCAUGGACGGCAGAAACCUCAAGAGAUUAACAUAUCUCCCACAAAGCGUAACUUACCUAGAUUUAAGUUUCAACGAAAUGGAGAGGAUUCCGGAUUGCGUCAUAGGUCUCCCUCAGUUACGAACUCUUAGAAUCCGAAACUGCAGAAAACUCGUGUCAAUUCCGGAUCUUUCCUCUUCUUCGCUUGAGUACCUCUAUGCAAGCAACUGUGGAUCACUUGAGAGGGUAUGUACUUUCCACGAUAAAGUCAAGGUACUUAUGUUCCACAACUGUUUGAAACUUGAGGAAGAAGCAAGAAGACAGAUCAUACAACAAAGUGUUUCCCGGUAUGUAUGGUUACCAGGUAAAGAAGUCCCUGCGGAGUUCACUUACAAAGCUAAAAGAGCCUCCAUAACCAUCCCUCUGGCUCCGCGUGGCGAGGGGACUUUCUCUGUGUCGUCAAGAUUUAAGGCUUGCCUUCUGUUUGCGCAAACCAAGGACUUCCCAGAUGAUGAUAUAAUAUGUCGUCUAACAAUCAAAGGUGUCCAAAUCAACAAAUUCCGACAUCGGGUAGUGAUCAGAGAGGAGUCUAAGAUUCAAAUGGAACAUCUGUUUAUAUUUUCUGAUGACUUGUUUCAAGAAAACACACACGUAGAUGUGACUCCCAGCAAUAUUCUGUGGAGUAACAGCGACCACAACAUAGCUGGAGAAGCAGAAUAUGGAGCAGAAGCUGUUGAGGUAAAGUCUCAAGAUGAAAACAUUAGGAAGCUUGGUCAGGGAAAGAAGAAGAAGAGGACCGAAGCUGCAUUAUGA